UUUGUUUUUUUCAAAGCUUACGAUUUGCUUGCUGGAUACUUAAAAAAGGGUAUUCCUUUUCUUUAAACUAAAAUCCUGAAUUCGUGAAAAUAUUGAAGAUCUAAUGCCCUGAAAAUAUGGCUUAUUUGUCUAAAAGUGAAACGACCGAGAAUUCCCUCACCAAGAACUCAAACAGGGGCCGAACAUUUCAUCAUGGCAGAAGUGUUCUUGUUCUUGUUGAUUUUUGGCAAGCUGCACCAACAGUUUUCAUCGCCAUCACCUGCCUUUAUAUUCUUCUCAUCAUCACUGGUAUCGUCCUCAAUACUCUGGUCUGUUAUGUGAUGAUCAAGAGCAAGCGAUACCUUAAGAACAUCAGCUGUUUCUUUAUCACUCACAUGGCCGCUGUGGAUUUGUUUUGUCGUGUGGUUCUCAUUCCUGUUGUGGUUUACAUGUCUCUCCCGACUAAAGCUGUACAGAGUCCCAUCCCAUGCAAGAUCAGUACAUUCGUGUCAAAUUCAUGUGCAGGGGCCAUCUUUGGUAGCCUUGUCGUCAUUGCUAUCGACAGAUAUCGCAACAUUGUUCAUCCUCUUCGUAGUCUCAAAAAGGAAAAGCGGCCCUUAUUUGUCGUUUCAUUGGUCUGGUUCUAUGCAAUCGCGUCGUCAGUCAUGUUCCUUCACACUGCUCAAAACGUAACGUUAGAGAAGCUACCAGAGGGAAGGAACAUGAAAUUAGUUGGAAACCCAACAAGUUGUAACAUUUCUCCCGACGAUUACAUUGGCAGCAUCUCCGUCACCAUCUCUGCCAUCAUGACAUUUUUCGUCCCUCUCACGAUCCUCAUCAUCACUUACACAGCGAUAUUUGUCAGCCUGCGACGUCGAUGCCAAAGACAAUUAAUUCAUAAUGCUGUGGCAAAGGCCAAAGGAAAGGCAGCUCGAAUGCUUGUUCUUGUUGUGGUCGGGUUUGUUUUGUGUUUUGGCCCUUCAGUUGUGGUUCAACUGCUUCGAUCGUACGAAGUCUUUGCAGGCGAGAACAACCAAAGACCUACUAUGGUCAUCGUAGUGUUAGUAACAGACACGCUUGAGUUUUGCAGCUCUUUAUUCAACCCAUUGAUAUAUACCUUUUUCAGCGAAGACUUCCGAAAAGACUUGCUCAAUAUUUGCAAUGCUGCUAAAAUUCGAAGAAAGAUGCAUUUCUGUAAUCGAAAAGUUUGUGAUCCAAGGGCAUCGCCACGAGCAACAGGUUCCACUCCUGUGACAUCAUGAUAUGUUCAACUCUGCUUCGGUUAUCGAUGGAUGAGCUAGUCAUGACAGAGUUCCAGAAUGCUGAGGACACGUGUUGGCAAUCACUUUUCUGAUUAGAAGUACAUAAACGUUGGUGUCCCUCAGGGAACAAAACUUGGCCCCCUCUUAUUCUUGAUAAUGGUAAAUAAUCUGAGGAAUUCUUGGAAUAUGGUAAAGUACGUUGAAGAUACUGUUACAAUAUUACCUUUUACGUAAUUGUAAUUAGAUACUUAGGACAUGUCAUUAGUUCAAUAAACAGCAUAACUCUU